GCAUUUAAUUGGAUAGAAAAAAAAUUUUCAAUUGCUAUGCUUAAAUAUAAAAAUCCAAACCUUGUAAUACCAAGUUGGCAUAUUCUUGGAGGUCAUGUGUUAAAAAAUGCUAUACAAAAACUUCAUUUAGAAUUAGCAUCAAAAGCAAUUAAUAAUAAGAUUGAAGUAUCGCUAGCAUUUGAUGUUGCUGCAAUAAUUUCUGAUUCUGUAUCCACUUAUACAGCUGCAAG